GCAGAUAUAGCUGCUAUGCUUUGUUUCCUCUGCUCACAUUUGAGCUUUUUCUUUUUCCUCCCAUUAGUUUGCAAAUGUGCUUCCGAUAAUGACGCUCCAGUAGUGACCAGCAGUGGCCCUAUUAAAGGCAAAACGGUCUUGACUAGAUCUGGUUCCACGACUGCCUAUCUGGGAAUCCCCUAUGCGGAACCUCCAGUGGGGAAACUCCAUUUUCAAAAGCCCGUCCCACGUCAGCCAUGGAGCGAAGUAUUGGAGGCCACCCGUUUUGGCAACUCUUGUCCCCAGACUGAUAUUCCUGGCCUUCCUGAUAAAGACAUAUGGGUCGCCAACACCCCUCUGUCAGAGGACUGUCUCUUUCUUAACAUCUGGGCACCCCACCCUCGACCUUCAAGACCAGUGCCUGUCCUUGUAUGGUUCCAAGGCAUGGGCUUUAUCACUGGCACAGCCUCGCUAGACAUGUACAACGGAGCGAUCUUGUCUGCCACAGAGAAUGUCAUAGUGGCUUCCAUGAAUGAUCGCUUGGGGGGUCUAGGCUUUUUGUACUUGCCCCCCUAUGCCCCGGGAAACAUGGGCUUGUGGGACCAGCAUUUGGCCCUCAAGUGGCUGAAGGAAAACAUAGCUCUCUUUGGGGGAGAUCCAGCUCAGUUGACUCUGGUUGGGCAAAGUGCAGGAGCAGUUUUGGUGGGUUGCCAUCUACUUUCCCCACUGAGCCAACCCCUUUUUGCCUGUGCUGUGCUUCAGAGUGGCAUUCCCAAUGCCAUUUGGCCCUGGAAGAGCCCCCAAGAGGCCCACAACGAUGUGAUCAUGCUCAGCAAACAAAUGGGGUGUGCAAGAGAUAACGACAGGGCUGUGGUGAGCUGCAUACAGGAGAUAGACUUUGGACAUGAUAUCUUUAUUCAUUUGACCCUGAUCAACUGGAAAGCCAAUCUUACUGGGAUCACUGAUGAUGAAGGUUCCGGUUUUGUAUUGCUUAUGUAUGAGCAGGAGGAGGAACAUCUGGUUUGUGAGGACACUAGAAAUCUCCAGAGGACCCGGACUCAUGAAUUGGGAAGUUGA